UCAGAGCUGAGCUGAGUUCUCUCUUUUCAGACUCAAAGAACAAAGAAAAAAGCUGAUGGGCCAGACCUGAAUCCCCAAUUCCCAAUCUGAUCGAUUUGAUUUCUAGGGUUUAAUUUAGGGGUUUCUUUUACAUAUUGAUUGACUUUUAAUUUCUGGGUUGAAUGGUGAUGGAUAUGGGAGUGGUGUCUCUGUCCUCUCUGCCUCUGGGAUUCAGAUUCAGGCCAACGGAUGAGGAGCUGAUUGAUUUUUAUCUGAGAUCGAAAAUCAAUGGAAAUCAUAAACAAGUCAGCGUUAUUCGGGAAAUUGAUGUUUGCAAAUGGGAGCCCUGGGAUUUGCCUGAUUUGUCAGUGAUACAGACACAGGAUCCGGAGUGGUUCUUCUUCUGUCCACAGGACAAGAAGUACCCAAAUGGGUUCAGGUUGAACAGGGCUACAAGUGCAGGGUACUGGAAGGCCACCGGUAAAGAUCGUAGAAUCAAGUCUGGAGCAAACUUGGUUGGAAUGAAAAAGACCCUGGUCUUCCAUACUGGGCGUGCUCCCAAGGGUAAGAGGACGAAUUGGGUUAUGCACGAGUACCGUGCUACGCAGCAGGAGCUUGAUGGCACUCAUCCUGGCCAGAGUCCUUUUGUCCUUUGUCGUCUGUUUAAAAAACAAGAUGAGAGUAUCGAAAUUUCAAACUGUGAUGAAACUGAACCAGCUGUAUCCUCCCCUAGCGUUGUCAAAUCUCCUCUUGAAGACACGCAGUCUGCUCAAGCACUGGUUCCACCAUCACCAUCAUGUCAAGUGCAACCUGAAAAGCUUCCUACUAGAGCAGAAUGUACUAAUGCCGAUAAUUAUGAUGGGAUGGCAUCAGACCCUCUACCAAUUAGUGAGUGCCCUAGCAACAGCUGCAAUGAUUAUGAUGGACCAGGUCAACUGGAUCUGCCGCUCGAGGAAUAUUUAAGCAGAUUUUAUGACCCUGAGGAAGAGCCACUUUUUCCCCCUAUGCACUCACAUAUGGAAGUGGAGCAUUGUUACCCUGGUAGCAUUGGCUUAAACAAUGGUCAUAGAGGGUUGCAGUUUCCUAAUGACAGCAAUGAUCAAGAUGCAGAAAUUUCUGAGUUCCUGAGCACAAUAUUCAACAGUUCAGAGGAAUACUCCUUCGAAGAUUUGGACACUCAGAUUUGUGAGACCAAGAAUGUUGUCUCCAUUAAGGACUAUGGAUCAUGCAAUGAUGCAGACGCAAAACUGAAUGAAGUACUGUACAUGGAAGAGCUUCAAACCCCUAUUUGGUUGGAGGGGAAUAUUGAUAGAAAGGGCCCCAUGCAGAUUGCAACAACUCCGCAAAAUUAUGAACAAUCCUCAAGGGUUGAGGUGUCAAGCAAUCAUUCAAAUGCACUUCUCAGUCCCAGUGGUGGCACUGGAAUUAGGAUUAUGACUCGCCAAACACCUCCAACUAGCACUGUGAGACAGAGUAUUAUGACACAGGGUGAAGCACCAAGAAGAUUAAUGUACCAGAAAACACUUCAAAUAGGGUCAAUUCAGUGCAGGAAUAUGUCUCAAGACCUGCAUUAUAGACCAGAAGACCAUGAAAGAAAACUAAUCGCUGUGGAGGAGUCGAGAGAUCCAGAAAAGAUAGCUAGUAGUGAUACUGCUUUUGAUGCUGGUAAUGCUUUGGAUGAACCCCUGGAGACACUCAUUGUCGAGUCCAGUAACCAGACUAUUUCCGCCGCACCAAAUAUCACAUCAAUGGGGAGCAUUUUGACAGGCAAAAAGGUUCCUUCUGUGGUCUUGAAGGCCACUCCUGCUGGCCAUUCUAUUUGGUCAUUUGCCUUUAUGUUUAGAGUAGUUGUGGGUGCAAUUUUGUUUAUGAUAUUUGCUAGCAUGUGGGGAUUUCAUAAGUUUUGAAGCUGCUUGAAGACCUUUUGCCAUGCAUAUGGUUGGAGCCCCAGAUUUUUAAGAGGGCCGGGGUGCUUUGAUAGGCUUAUAGGAUUAGUAUCUCUACUUAAAUUUUGUGUAGUCUAUCCUAGACAGACCGAGUUUAUGUACAGCAGCAAACCAUUUUGAGGAGUUCUUUUGUUUGAUAAAUAAGAUUAUAUGAACUUCAGUA